AGACGAGAUGAUGCAGUCAGUACAUGAUGUGCAAGAGAUGCUUUCAUCAAUCAAAACAUACAUAUCGUUGGUAGGGUUGCCGACAUGCAUCGGCAAACUCGUGCUCUUCGCUCCGCUGAUGCUACCGCUUCUUCCCACCGGCAAGAUGGUUGCUUUGCUCUUCAAAGGAAUCAAAGGAGUGAGCUUCUCGUGUGCGUCUUCUUCUUCGGUAGCCAUACGAGAGAGCAUCGACAGAGCCAAGUCCAUCGCCCUGCCGAACACCGGAAGAGGCAGCACGAGACCAAAGUCGCAGUGCACGGCCUCCAAGCCCAUGCCGACCGAUGGACCAGUCAGUCCAUCCAGCUCUUCUCGCUACCUGUUAAGCUCGACCGCAUUGCUGUCGGACGACCCCAGCUUCUUGAGCAGUAGAGGCGACGAAGAAGAAUCCUUCUCAAGGCCACCGAUCUCUUCGGCCAGACCACAUGAUCAGAAGGUUGUGGUUCUGAGAGUGUCGUUGCAUUGCAAGGGUUGCGAAGGGAAGGUCAGGAAACACAUCUCGAAGAUGGAAGGAGUCACAUCCUUCAGCGUGGACUUGGCGACGAAGAAGGUGACGGUGGUGGGAGACGUGACGCCCUCGGGAGUGCUCGACAGUAUCUCCAAGGUUAAGAAUGCUCGGUUCUGGUCGUCACCGCCUCAAUCCUCGGCGUCAUCCCAGUUGAAGGAACCCUACUAG